GUAAUUUGCAUUUGAGGUUCUUGCCUGUAAAUUUGCUAGUUAAAUGGACCAUUUAAAUGACUGAUAAUAAAGGCAAUUUUAGUACGUUUGUAUUCUGUGUGGUCCUUUUCAUUGUAGUGGUUUUGGCAUUACAAUAUUAUCUCGAACUUUUGGAUGAAGAAUGUCUUUUCAAGAUCAGUGACUUCAUUGACGUCACUGACUAUGAAACUUGCAAGUUGUGAUUGGUGGUUGAAUGAAAUGAGAAAUAUUUAUUGGAAUCUCUAAUAAAGGCAAAAGUGGACUGGGGCGAUGCACAGGAACUGAAGAAGAACUACAAAGAAAAUGGACCAACGUGAAUAUGUAUUAUUUUCUUCGUUUUUGGCGACCUUUCUGCUUAUGGAAUGUUCAAGUUUUCUAGAAGCAAAGCAAAGUCAUCACACAGAACGAGAAUGUGAAAAAAAAUUGUCGGCAUUAAAGAAAGAUCCCAUUUUGAUUGGUGCAUAUACACCACAAUGUGAUCACGAGGGUAAUUACAAAAAAAGACAAUGCUGGGCCUCAGUUGGUAGCUGUUGGUGCGUUGAUAAAACAAGUGGAAAGAAAAUUGCUCACGUUCAAAUCGAUAAAGAUGGUUUACCUCUCUGUGAGCCAAAUUGUUUUUCCAUGUUGAAAAGUAUACCGACAUUGUUAAUACAUGGUGAACCUUUCUUCUUUUCGUUUGUUCCACGAUGUGACACAAAGUCGGGUUAUUUUUUACCUGAACAGUGUUCUAAAGACGAAAGUGAAUGUUGGUGUGUUUCAAAAUUGGGAAAAGCAAUAAAAAAUACAAGAUCUAAAGGGCAUGUUUCUUGCUCUGUUUGAAGAUCCCUAUAGCUAUACGUAGAAUCUAAAUAUUAACUAAAUGAAAUUUUUCUUUCCUUUUUUACUUUCUAAACGCUGGUUCUUUUAAGCUGCAUGAUUGAAAUAUGUUAAUGCUUCCAAAUGUAUUUUGACCGCUCACAUGGUUACAUCAAUCUGUAAAUAGUAAACAUUUCUCACGCUAAAAUAUCGUCUUAUGUUAGUUAAAGUGCUCAAUGCUAAAGAAAAAUUUUAGUAAAAAAUAUAAAAAGUAUAUGUAAGUAAGGUGUAUGAAAAAACCAAGGGCGGCGGAACAUUGUUAAUUGGGGGGGGGCUAUUAUUCAUACAUGCAUGUUUUGCUUUAGUGGUUUCUAUUGAAAUCAAUUGUGUUUUACUUUACGGAUUAUAACGUACGAAUAUAUGAAUAUAGCCCCCCCCCCAAUUAUCAAUGUUCUGCCGCUACUGAUUUAGAAAUGAGAAAAAUGCGUGGUCAAACUAAAGAUAUACAUAUAUCAUAUAUUCACGUGGCUGACAAUAUUUUACGCAUCAUGGGCUUUUAGUGUAAUGAUGAGAGGCAUUAAAAUUAUAGCAAUACUUCAA